GUGUGUGUGUGUGUGGCCUCUGCACUUUGUACGGUUUGGAGCAGAUUGCGACGGUUCACUAAUCUGCAGAUUAAGGAGAGCGAUGCAACAACACAGACAAAGACGGAAAGAUGAACGUCGGAGUGGCACACAGUGAAGUCAAUCCCAACACAAGAGUAAUGAACAGCCGUGGAAUAUGGCUCACGUAUGCACUUGGAGUUGGGAUGCUUCACAUAGUACUUCUCAGUAUCCCCUUCUUCACAGUUCCGGUUGUGUGGACGUUAACAAAUGUGAUCCACAACUUGGGAAUGUAUGUGUUCUUGCAUGCAGUUAAAGGGACACCUUUCGAAACCCCUGACCAGGGCAAAGCUAGACUUUUGACACACUGGGAACAGUUGGAUUAUGGAGUCCAGUUUACAUCCUCCAGAAAAUUCCUUACCAUCUCACCCAUUAUUCUGUAUUUCCUGGCCAGUUUUUACACUAAAUAUGAUCCGACACAUUUUAUCGUCAAUACAGCAUCUCUCUUGACUGUGUUGAUUCCCAAGCUGCCUCAACUGCAUGGAGUUCGAAUCUUUGGAAUCAAUAAAUACUAAUUUGGAAGACAUCACAGCUAAACUCUCAUGGUCCAAAUGUUUUAGCUAGCUUUAUGUUACUGGGAAGACAAAACUGGUAAUCUACUGUCCUGUUAACUGUAACUGGGGUGUACCGAGCAGUCUAUAUUUUAAUGCCAUUUUCAUUGUUUAGUAUCCAUUUCAAAAUGCAUUUGUAUGUUGAUUUGUUUUUAAAGGAGACGACUAAUGGAAUCUGGUAAUUGGAGCAGGUAGAUAUGCUAAAUACUGUUAAAGCUUCCCAUAAGAAACUGGGCAGGCCCAGCUCUGAAAUUGGAACUCGCUUCAUUGUACUGAAGAAAUUGUCAAACGUGGCUUUAAGACUGGCACGAGUGUAUUAUUACAGAAGGAUGUUGAGUGGAAUUGCAGUGACUUUGGACACUUAAGGACAUUGAAAAGCGUUUUUGCUUACUACAUGAGGUACAGAAGAAUGAAGCAACACCCAUCAGUGCAAGAUGGAAGGCAGUUUUGAGUUUUAUACAUGAAGAUUUGUUGCUUUGGGUGUUGAGUAUAUGUGUACUGUUACUUUUCUGUUUUCCAAUAUGGAUUAAGUAAAUUAAGGUACAGGAUGGGAUUUUGUGGAAAAUCAUAACCUAAAUGCUACUUAUUUCAUUCAAGCUAAUGUAACCCAUUUGUAUGAGUUACACUAGCGAGAUUUAUAUAUGGCUUCCCUUUUAUCAAGCAACUAUAAAUGUGGGUUUAAUUGGUGGAACAUUUAGUUGCUUGGGAAAAUGUAGUAGAUACAAGCUGCUGUCCUAGUAAUGUUUUAUUCUAAGAAAACAGUGAACCUGCUUGAUGACAUGAGUAACACAGUUGCAAAUUUGUUACAAUUGUGUUGUACACAAAUGGUAUUGCAAUGGACAACUUGCUUUAUAUUUAUAGCAUGUUUUGUUGCUGUAAGAAAACAAUAUUUUAUAAUGGUAUUUCAGAACAAGUGGCACAAAGUAGCAUUGGUGGAUGGGGUAGUGCUACAAUUGGGUCCUACCUGAGAAGAAUUCUUUUUAAAAAGAAAAGUGUAUGGUCGGUACCUUUGGUUUCUCAUCUCCUCCGUACCUUUGAGAUACAGUAUUUGGGUGUAGGUUAGUGGGUUGAAUGACGAAUGACUUGACUUGUGAUCUUUAUUGAUCUCCCCUACCCCCCCCCACCCCACUCUCGGUAUGGUGAAUUUGGUGGGAGCCUUGGAAUAUUUACUUGCCCUCUCAGCUCCUUUUACUAUAUUUAUAUAUAAAUAUAUUUAGUGUAUCUGUGUAUCUCACACUAUACAUAGAGUAAGAAAAAUAGACAAUUUGUGUGACCGACGGGUGUUAACCUUGGUUUUUACCAACCCAUCAUAACCACAAGGGCAGAAGGAAGGGACACUCCUCAUCAGUUUGUGCAGGUUAGCAGAGGCACAAAUGUUAGUUGAGUCAACAUUCUGUAUUAUAAUAUAGUAGUUCACCAAAGAAAAAAACAAAAGGCCAAUGGACCAGAAAUGUGUUAUGAGUUUAAGUUCUUUACAUAUUCUUUAGAUGUUUAUUUUUGUGAAAUGUAUAUAGAUUUGAGUAGACGUAGCAUUAUUAUUGGUCAAAGGUCAUACAAAUUAACUUUUUUUUAAAAAAAACUAGAGACAAUGAGUUUAUUUGGUAUAGUGGGUAUUUCAAAAUAAUUUGUAUAUUCCUUCUAUAUGCAACUAAAAAAAAACAACUUUGGGGAAGUUGAUUCUUUCCACGAUAAACCUAUUUUGACCUUAGAAAUAACAUGGCCUUUAUUCCACAAAAUUGCUUCAAUCAAUGGGCAAAAAACAAUGUUGUACUCUAAAAGCUUGUCUAACUGAAUUGUGUUUGUCUUCAUUAAAAUCAAAAGAACUUCAGGACUCGCUUAAAUGUAGUCGAGCCGGAAUACCAAGAUUUAAAAAUGUA